CUAGGCACUAGCUUCCUGCUUCCUCUCCAUAAUUUUUCUAGAUAAAAUAAAACUCACGCUAAACCCCCCAGCCUAUUUCUCAUUCUACAAGUGUGUGAACGGAGACUUAUACGGAAAUGGCGAGAAUAGCAUGUCAUCAACUGGUGCCUUCAUCAAUGGCUCUUCUUCCACUCAAGUCCAGUCUACUCCAUCCUAGCUCCGCUCUCCUCUGCCGCCCAAGCUUAUCAGUAGCAAUUGGACUUGGGAGGCGCCAAUACUCUUCUAAGGUUACCAUGAGUUUGAGAGCUGGCAUUGUUGGUCUCCCUAAUGUCGGAAAAUCUACUCUCUUCAACGCUGUUGUUGAGAAUGGAAAAGCACAAGCUGCUAAUUUUCCUUUCUGUACAAUAGAACCAAAUGUCGGAAUUGUUGGUGUACCUGAUCCACGUCUCCAAGUACUUUCUGAUCUCAGCAAAUCUCAACGAGCUGUUCCAGCAUCUAUAGAAUUUGUAGAUAUUGCUGGGCUUGUAAAGGGAGCUAGUCAAGGGGAGGGUUUGGGUAACAAGUUUUUGUCACACAUUCGUGAAGUGGACUCCAUACUCCAGGUGGUUCGUUGUUUUGAGGAUAAUGACAUUGUUCAUGUGAAUGGAAAAGUAGAUCCAAAGUCUGAUAUAGAUGUCAUCAACUUGGAACUUGUUUUCUCAGAUGUAGACCAGAUUGAGAAAAGAAUUGAUAAACUGAAGAAAGGCAAAUCCAGUCCACAAGCAAAAGUUAAGGAGGAAGCAGAAAAAUCUGCAUUGGAAAGAAUUCAGCAGGCGUUAAUGGAUGGAAAACCAGCUCGAUCAGUUCCUCUAACAGAGUUUGAAAAGGAUGCUAUAAAGCACAUGUGUUUACUUACAAUGAAGCCAGUCAUUUAUGUGGCUAAUGUAGCAGAAUCUGAUUUGGCUUCACCUGAAGAAAAUCCUCAUGUCAAAGAUGUGAUGAAGCUUGCUUCAGAGUUAAAAUCUGGAAUAGUAACUGUCUCGGCACAGGUAGAAUCAGAGCUUACUGAACUUCCAUCAGAAGAUAGGUUAGAAUUUUUGAACUCGCUAGGUGUGGAUGAAAGUGGCCUUGGAAAUCUUAUCAGAGCAACAUAUGACCUUUUAGGACUUCGAACAUAUUUCACUUCAGGGGAAAAGGAAACAAAGGCAUGGACUAUACUAUCAGGUAUGACCGCACCUCAAGCAGCUGGAGUUAUCCAUUCCGACUUUGAGAAGGGUUUUAUUCGAGCAGAGACGGUUGCCUAUGAUGAUUUUGUUGCAGCUGGUUCACUUGCUUCUGCAAGGGAGAAAGGACUUUUGCGAUCAGAAGGGAAAGAUUAUGUUGUCAAAGAAGGAGAUGUUAUGCUGUUUCGUUUCAAUGUCUGAUCUAAAUUAUGUACAUUAUCAACUGGAGGUCUUUCUCUUUCCAGUCAUGGUGGAUUUGGUGAAACAAGAAUCCAGUCAUGGUGGAUUUUUGUUUUAGGUGGCAUAUAAAAUUCUUUUACGGAUUAUAAAAUUUUCACUGAGUUUUACAAUGGAGCAGCUGGAGCAGCACAGCACUAACUUCAUCAAGGUUAUAUACACUUCGGGAUGUUGAAGUCAGCAACUAAUACAUUGCUUAACAGUGAUACAUAUACUAGUAUAUCAACUAUAUCUUUAUUUGAAUAACAUAUCAAUAGUUUCUCCUUUGCAUUAAUAUACUUGCUAGCGCUUGUCUGUGUGUGUUUGACAAUAUAAUUCGCACGGCAGAGGACUGGAGCAUUCGGGAGGAGAAUGCCCUGGUGUGGUAUCAGUGUAUUGUUUGUGCAUCUUAUUUACAAGAUAAUAAAUGAGUGAUUAAUCAUGACUGUAUGUAUGGGGUGGACGAACGAAUAUCCCUUUAUGUUCUAAUUAAUCUGUUUUCAGUUGCUUAUAAGCAAUCACUAAGAUUUCUAAUUUUAUGCUUCAAA